AUGCCUCGUAUACAAUAUCUCGUUCCUCUGCUGAGGCCAUUGGCCGCUCCGCGAGUAAUCGCUUCCCGACAAUGCCUACGCUUCUCCACUGCAAGCACAUGGCAAGCUGAGCAGCCUCCGCCAAAUCCUAAGCCCAUAACCAAUCCCUCGCUCCCACCAAACGCCUCAUCUCAACACCCAUCAACACCCCAACAAGCCCAGCGCGCCGCCGACCUCGCAGCAGCAGAAUCCCUCACCGAAGGCGACAGUGCACAACCACCAGAACCCAAGCCUGUCCUACCCUCCAAGCACCCCCGCACCGACACCAAGCCAAAAGACGCUACCACCGCGCCCUCAUCACAAAAGUCCAAAUCACCCAAGAAACAAAAGAUACCGCCUACCCAAAAGAUAUCUCUGCCGCCCCCCAAAUACCACGUCUCUCGAUCAAUAAACAAGAACCUGCCCAUCUACACCGACUAUAAGCGCGGCGGCAAUCUGCACCAGACUACUAUACGCAAGAUCACGGGCGAUUUGUCCGCCCUGAGAGACGAACUGAGGGUCUUCCUCAACAAGAAGAACGAGGAUGUCAAGAUUAACAGUCUGACGAGCCACGUUAUCGUUAAGGGUCAUCAUACUAGUGAGAUUGCAGAGUUCCUAAAAGCUAGGGGGUUCUAG